GAGUAACUCAAAGCUUUCAACACAGUUGCUUGAGCUUGCGUUAAUUGUGCAAAAGGCAGAGGAAUAUGCCAGCAUUUUUGUCAUUUGGCAAAUAUGCAGCUUGGCAAAAGUCGCUUUACAUCAAGCUCCUUUGCCUUUUCGCUUUCGUCGAAAUCAGAUGCCUUGUUCACGCAGCUAUCGUCGAGCUCAGUCAUCCAGCGUCCAAUACAACUCCCUCCGGCUUGAUAGAUCCUAGUUUUGUUGGAUUUUCAGUAGAAUGGACCCAUGUAGACGACGCACUGGGACCGGGUCCCGGAGCGAACACUGGAGUAGAUUACAGUUCCAAUCCCAUCGUAGUCAAUCUCUUUCGGCACUUGGCUGAGGCAGUUGCGGGCUAUCCGCCGACUCUUAGAAUUGGUGGAAAUAGCGCAACCCGAUUAUGGUGGCAAGGUUCUAUUCUACCGCGUUUGAGCCAAAGUACCUGGAGUGUAAACGCAAUGGAGCUCAAGAUCAUUCAAGAAUUUGCGUCAUCUACAGGGAGCAGAAUGGUCUUAACCGUUCCGAUGUUGAGUCCGGAUCCGGCGUAUGCCGUGGAGUUUCUGGUUAAAGGCGUCAUACCAAACUUAUCCAAAGACCACAUCCUUGCUAUCGAGAUUGGGAAUGAGCCAGACCACUAUGAAAAAAACGGCCGACGUCCACCCGGCUACUCCUUUAAUGACUUCACGAAAGAGUUCACCGUGGCCUACAAUGCGAUUGUUGCCGCCAUUGGCCCUGGAUUUGAUUAUCAAGGCCCUUCCUAUGCUUACCCGUGGACUUCCGAUUAUAUGAUACCAUUUAUUCAAGGACAGCGUGGAACAAAAUACAUUUCAUUUCACAAAUAUGGGCAACGCGGUUGUUCGACUGCCACCAACCCUGACGCAGUAACUCCAUUGACUUUACUAGCAGACCCAGCCCCGGAAGAGUAUGUGUGGAUAGACAGCCUCGUCCAAGUGGCCCAAGCCGGAAAUCAAGAUGUUGUCUGGGGAGAAGGCGGUUCCUCAUCGUGUAAUGGUACCGCUGGAGUAUCGGACACGUUUGCAUCGGCGAUAUGGACAGUGGACACGUUGUUGGAGAUGGCAUAUCGGAACGUCAAGUACACCUCUUUGUCCGGUGCCGCUCAGACAUACUAUGCUCCUUACUCGCUCGAUCCUGUAACUGGGCGCAUGAGCCCAAGGCCAACGUACUACGGAAUGCUAAUGGUCAACAGAAUCCUUCGCGGAGCAGGCAGUACUCUUUUCCGAGCGUCCCUUGACGGUGGAUGGGCGCUCACCGGCAAUUCCAUCAAAACUUGGGGCGUGAACAACACCGCAACUGGAGAGAUGACGUUGGUGGUCAUACACAAAAGCCCCGCCGCCAAUGCCACAUCUUUCACAGUCCAGUAUCCCUACGCCUUCUCUGCGUUAUCGAAUUGCACGUCAUCACAGCAACCGAAAGGAUAUAUCACACGUCUAGAAGCACCUGCUCUCAACGCAAAAACAGGCGUCACGAUCAAUAAGCAGACAUGGGAUAAUUCACUGGAUGGGCAUCCCAUAGGGGCAUAUACAGAGGAGAUUGUUGAAGCGCAGGGUCAAAUGUUUACCUUUACUGUGCAGCAGUACUCGAUAGUGGCAUUGCGUAUUGGAUGUACACCUGGUCUUCCGGCAAGGUCUUAUACUCCGCCUCCGGUCGAGCCUGUCAAUCCAGGAUUCACUCCAGUGUGGGGUACUCCAAACCCAACCCCGUCCGCAGACCCUGACGCGCCGUUGAAGACUGAACAGAGGACGCUAGGUAAAUAUGUGGGAAUCGGGGUUGGUGCCGCUGUGCUUGGGUUAGCCUGUGCUCUGGCAUUGACCGCAUUGGUGCGCAAACGACGAAUGAAAAACGAUGGGGCAAUCCCGACACCAAGGACGUCAAAUGCCGCGGCACGCCAUCCUCACCCGUUUGCUAAACGAAACCCGUAUUUAUACGCCUACGCCGGAGAAGUUGUAUAAAGUGUGUUAAAGCUGUCAUAUCAUAAUGCAAUUUUAGUAUAUAGUCCACUGUGUAACUAGUUCGAUGAAUAAGACGUACGUGCAUAUUAGCGACCC